AUAUGCCAUGUAACAGGUUACAUAAUCAUCAGAAUCUCCAGGCCGCAAAUGGCGUCUAAACAACGACGAGUACAUCACACAAUUCACUGGUUUCGUAAAGGACUACGGCUGCACGACAACCUUUCGCUUAAGGAAGCAUGUGAAACAAGUUUAACGCUCAGACCAGUGUACUUUAUUGAUCCAGAUUAUGUCAAACAUGGCAACAUGGGAUUCAACCGAUGGAGGUUUCUGAUUCAGUCUCUCAGUGAGCUGGACAAGAAUUUGAAGAGUAUAGGGUCGAGGCUAUUUGUUAUUCAAGGGAAGCCUGAAUUGGAAUUACCUAAACUUUUCAAAGCAUGGAAGAUCACAAAAUUGACAUUUGAAUUUGAUCACGAGCCUGAAGGAAGGCAAAGAGAUGCAAAGAUUCAUGAACUUGCCACCAAAGCUGGGAUCCAAGUUGAAACAAGAAUCUGCCAUUCACUUUAUGACUUGGAUAAGAUUAUUUCCAAGAAUGGAGGAACAGCUCCUUUAACCUAUAAAAAGCUUUGUUCUGUGGUGGCAUCACUAGGGCCACCUUUGAAGCCCAUUCCCACUGUAGACAAGAUAACUUUUGAUGGAUGCUCUACUCCGGUGGGUAAAGAAAACAAGUAUCAGCUUCCGACACUUGAGGAACUGGAAAUUGAAACACCUGAAGAGUCAAGUACAGUCAUUUUCCUUGGUGGGGAAACUGAAGCCCUUAGACGACUUGAUGAACACAUGCAGAAAGAGGACUGGGUGAACAAGUUUGAGAAGCCUAACACAUCACCCAACUCUCUUCAACCCAGCACCACUGUUCUCAGUCCAUAUGUGAUGUUUGGCUGUCUCUCAGCAAGGCUGUUUUAUCACAGACUGUCUGAUGUGUAUUCAAGAGCAAAGAAACAUUCUAACCCACCAGUCUCCCUACAUGGACAGCUAUUGUGGCGAGAAUUCUUCUUUACUGCAGCAUAUGCUACCCCUAACUUUAACAAAAUGGAGGGCAAUCCAGUCUGUUUGCAAAUUCCAUGGGAGAAAAAUCAAGAGUUUCUCCAAGCUUGGUGUGAGGCACAUACUGGAUAUCCUUUUAUUGAUGCCAUUAUGACUCAACUAAGGAGAGAGGGGUGGAUUCAUCACUUGGCACGUCAUGCUGUGGCAUGUUUCUUAACCAGAGGAGACUUGUGGAUUAGUUGGGAAGAAGGACUGAAGGUGUUUGAUAAGUUGCUUCUUGAUCAUGAUUGGAGUUUAAAUGCUGGGAACUGGAUGUGGUUGUCAGCUAGUGCAUUUUUUCAUGCUUACUACAGGGUUUACAGCCCAAUUGCAUUUGGUAAGAAAACAGACCCCAGUGGAGAUUAUAUCAAGAAAUAUCUUCCAAUAUUAAAGAAGUAUCCACCCAAAUACAUCUAUGAGCCCUGGACUGCCCCAUUAAGUGUACAGAAAACAGCAGGAUGUGUGAUCGGGAAAGAUUAUCCUCGUCCAAUUGUGGAUCACAAAGAAGCUGUGAAAAUUAAUCUUGCACGGAUGAAAAAGGCCAGAACAGAGGGUGACAGUAACAAUGGUAUGGAGGAAGACUCCUUGGAGAAAAAGAAAAGUUCCCCUGCAAAAAGGAAGAAUAGCAAAGAAGCCCAAUCAAGCAAGAAGCCAAGAAAAAUAACAGAAUUUUUUAAAACCUUAUGAAGCUUUUGUGUCACUUCAAGGUACAAGUCAGUACUUGACAUUUUAGCAUAAGAGCUGCUUUUCUCUCCAUUUACUCUUUUGGGUAGUGCAAUCUUUCUUGUGUUCAAAAUUGUGCUACCAACUCCUGUAAGCUCAUAAUCCAGCUAGGUCUAGCUAACAGAUGAUUCCAGCUGGUAGACUAAAUGUGUUACAUGAAGCAUCUUUAGAAUGUUAAUGGCAGCUUUAGAACUACCCUUCAUACUGUUCAAAAUUGUACAUUUACUUUUGUAUUGUGUUCUCUUCUGCAAAAUUGAGAGUAGAAUAAAGUUUUACUUAGCCAG